UGUGUUCAGAUCCUGUCAAGAGUGAAGCCAGCGGUCGGGGGGGAGGUGCCGGCCAGUGACAAGAAGAAAAGGGAGAAAAAGCUGCCCAAACUGGAGGAGUUCCUGGAGCCCAGAGAUUAUCUGGGGGCCAUGACCUUACUGGAGUUAAUUAUACCAUGUACCCACCAACUGAAUAUCAUAUUUUGUUGGUGCCCUUUGUGUGCUGUGUAUAUUUGCAGGGAGUUCCUGGCGCUCAAUGUCUAUGUGGCCCUGUGCUACUAUAAGCUAGACUAUUAUGACGUAUCUCAGGAGGUGCUGGCUGUCUACCUACAGAGCUUCUCUGACAGCACUAUCGCCCUCAACCUGAAGGCCUGUAACCACUUCAGACUGUACAACGGCAAAGCUGCUGAGGUACAGCACUACUGCACACUGACACAAGUUUCUCACUGUGGCUGUAUUUGUUCAGACAUCAUGAACCAGAAGGCUCGGCUGGCCUGGGAGCUGUAUCUUAAGAUGGAGACCUCAUCCGAGUCCUUCAGCCUGCUGCAGCUCAUCGCAAACGACUGCUACAAGAUGGGUCAGUUCUACUACUCGGCGAAGGCAUUCGAUGUCCUGGAGAGGCUGGAUCCCAGCCCCGAGUACUGGGAGGGGAAGAGAGGUGCCUGUGUGGGCAUCUUCCAGCUCAUCCUGGCAGGCAGGGAGCCCAGGGAGACCCUGAGGGAAGUGCUGCCCUUGCUGAGGAACACGGGGAACCCCCAGGUGGAGUACAUCAUCAGGGCCCUAAGAAAAUGGGCGAAAGACAACAGAGUCUCACUGUAACUCCCUACUGCAGGGGCACACAGCAACACACAGCCAGUGUGUCAGUCCUGAUUGUAUAUACCUGCUCUCAUGUUAUACAGUAGAUAGUGCUCUUUUGUUUUAUACAAAACUCUUUUGAUUCAUAGUUAUCUCAUAUAUUUUACACUUCUGUACAUAUGAUCUGUAAUUAAAGAACAGUUUUGAAUGAAAA